AGCCCCGCCCACUGCUGGGCCGCUGGGCCCGAGUGAGUCUGCUCGAGUCUCACCGGCAGAGUCGGAGUCGCACCGAGUGCAGCUCGCUUGGGUGCUUUUGGAAUCGACUAACGUUUGUCUUGUCUUUGUCACGCGUGCCGCACGACUUCGACAACGACUACGGCCACGACUCGCACCCAAGUCGCGCGGACAGUGGAAUCAGUGGAAUAAUCCCGACGUUGCCGACACCCACACAGUGGCACACACGUGCACCGGCACCGGGGCACCGGAACCCGGUCAGUAGUGCCUCAGCGGCGCGGCGCGCGGCGGCCAGCAGACGCGGCGGAGCGGCCAAGGAGCACGGGAAGUGUUGUUGUUGUUGCCAGAAAAAUAAACAAAAGGCGAAAUUGACGGUGUUCGGUGUGACCUCAACACGGUAGCGGCACCGCUGUGCUUUCCCCCAGCAGAAUCGCGUCCUCGACGUCGCAAAAAGGCAUCCGCAUCGCUGUGAGCCGAGGCAGCGGAGAGAGUCCGCAGCAUGGCGGGCCGCGGCGGCGGCGGCGACCAAGGCGGUGACCGGGCCGCUGGAGCGGCUGGAGCUGUCGACCUGGAGAUGGCGGUCCAGUCUCACCAGGACAAAGACAAAGGAGCGGCGGGGCGGCGGAGCGGCGUGCCGUACGAGGAGGCCAUCGCCCUGGUCGGCCAUGGGCGCUUCCACUUCGGCCUGCUGCUGGUGUGCGGCGGCUGCAUCACCGCCACCAUCUGCGAGCUGCUGGGCGUGGGCUACCUGCUGCCGGCCGCGCAGUGCGACCUGGAGAUGACGGACGCCGACAAGGGCCUGCUCGGCUCCAUGGCCUUCAUAGGCAUGCUGUUCGGCUCGCACCUGUGGGGGUUCCUGGCGGACACGACAGGCCGGCGCAGCGUGGUGCUGCUGACGCUGUUCGUGGACACGGCCAUCGCCGUCCUGGCCGCCCUGGUGCCUGUCUACUGGAUGUUCCUGGUGCUGCGCUUCCUCGCCGGCUUCUUCGUGACGGCGCCACAGGCCGUUGGCUACGCGUACCUGGGCGAGUUCCACAGCCCCGCCACCAGGGCCAAGGCGUUCGUCUGGGCCGCCGUCUUCCCCGCCAUUGGGCUCAUCUUCCUUCCAGGCGUGGGCUGGUGGGUGCUGCCCAUGACGUGGUCGCUGGAGCUUCCCUGGAUGGCGGCACACUCGUGGCGCCUGUACGUGAUCCUGUGCGCGGUGCCGUCGCUGGUGACGGCGCUGGGGAUGUGCGCGCUGCCGGAGAGCCCCAAGUACCUGCUGAGCCAGGGCCGCGCCGACGACGCCCUGGCCGUGCUGCGCAGGGUGUACAGCGCCAACACGGGCAGGCCGCCCGAGGAGUUCCCGGUCGACUCUCUGGCGCCGCCGACUGACCACACCGCGGGGCACGCCGCCGGCGCCGACCCCAAGUCCAUCGCCGCCGUGAUGCGGUCCGUGUGGAACCAGACGGCGCCGCUCUUCACCCUGGAGCACGCCCUGUCCACCUUCCUGGCGCUCUUCAUCAUGUUCGGCAUCAUCGCGGGCGCCAACGGGCUGCCCACGUGGCUGCCGGAGCUCUUCAACCGCAUGGCCAUGUUCGAGUCGACGCACGAGGGCCGCAGCGCCAGCGUGUGCGCGUCCAUCGAGGGGCUGCUGGGCCCCGCCGCCAACGGCUCGGACACCGCGGCCGCCUGCGAGGCCGUCGUGGAGACGGACGUGUUCGUCAACAACCUGUACGUGGGCGUGGCCGGUGUCAUCGCGCCCGUGCUGAGCGUGUUCCUGGUGGGCCCGCUGGGCAAACGCAGCCUGCUCAUCCUGUCCCUGCUGCUGACCGGCGCGUGCGGCCUGGGCCUGCAGUUCGUCGACUCCUCCCUGGGCUUCCUCAUCCUGGCCUGCAUCGUGUGCGCCGUCACCGAGAUGUGCAUCUCGCUCUUCUCCAGCAUCGCCGUCGACAUGUUCCCCACGCACCUCAGGGCCAUGGCGGUGUCGCUGUCUCUCAUGUUCGGCCGGCUGGGCUCCAUCGUCGGCAACCUCAUGUUCGGCUCGCUGCUGGAGUCGGCCUGCCCCGCCACCUUCUACGCGCUGGGCGGCGUGCUCCUAGCGUGCGGCGCGUUCAGCUUCGCCCUGCCCCGCCAGGGCAAGUUCCAGCACUGAUCCACCUGCCGCCACCACCCCCGUGUACAUACCUCCGUUUUGCAAUAAACCGUUUUGUUACAAAGCUCGA